UAUCAGAGACAGCGAUACCCUUCUCACAGCCAUGGUGACCGUUCCUAAAACCCGCCAGACCUUCUGCAAGAAGUGUGGCAAACACCAACCCCACAAAGUGACACAGUACAAGAAAGGCAAAGAUUCUCUUUAUGUCCAGGGAAAGCGGCAUUAUGACAGGAAGCAGAGUGGCUCUGGUAGGCAAACUAAGCCAAUUUUCUGGAAAAAGGCUAAAACCACAAAGAAGAUUGUGCUGAGGCCUGAAUCUGUUGAGCCCAACUGCAGAUCUAAGAGAAUGCUGGCUAUUAAGAGAUGCAAGCAUUCUGAACUGGGAGGAGAUAAGAAGAGAAACAGCCAAGUGAUCCAGUUCUAAGCUUCAUAUUUUGUUACAUUAUGAAGACAAUAAAAUCUUGAGGUCACGUUCACUUCA